AUGGCCUUCCGCACCGGCCCUGUCGCUCCCGGUGUCGCCUUCAUCACCGGCGGUGCCCGCGGCCUCGGCAACGCCAUUGGCGUCUCCUUUGCCAAAGAAGGCGCUCGUGGUGUCUGUCUUAUCGAUAUUCAAGAUGAAGCUACCUUUGAAGCUGGGAAGAGGAAUGUCGAGAAAUACAAUACAAAGGUCCUAUGUAUCCGAGCAGACGUAGCGAAAGAAGCGGACGUGGAACGCGCGGUUAAUGAAGCAGUCCAAGAGUUUGGUCGGAUCGAUUAUGCAGCAAACUUCGCCGGUAUAAUCGGUCCGCUAGGAAUGACCGUCGACACCGACACUGAGCAGUGGAAGCGUGUGAUUGAAGUCAACACCGUCGGCGUCUGGCUUUGCAAUAAAUACGAGUUGAAGCAGAUGAUGAAGCAGGACCCAAUCGAGGUUGAACCAGGCCGUCCCCCUCAACGAGGCUCCAUCGUGAAUUGUGCAUCUGUGAAUUCGAUCCAAGCUGGCGCCGGCACCACUGGGUACACGGCCUCCAAACAUGCCGUUGUGGGGAUCACGAAAGCCGCCGCCCUCGAAGCUCGCCGUCACGACAUCCGCAUCAACGCGGUAUCGCCUGGUUUCCUAUUGACCCAACUCCUUGACCCGUUCUUCAAGGAGAAGAAAAGUUUCACCGAUGCCGCUUCUGCCGCUGCGGACGCGGAAGCCGGCCAAGUCUGGGAAACGUACGAGGCAAGGCAAGGGAGGAAGGCACAUUUUGAAGAAGUCGGCGAUGUGGUAGUGCUCCUGAGCACGCCGAGGAUGAGCUUGGUCGUGGGACAUAAUUUGGUUGUUGAUGGAGGCUUUACGAUCAAUGAGAAUACAACCUAG